UAGAAUUUUUCUAGAAUGUAUCAAAACCAGUUGAUCUGCACGCUGCGAAGAAUAAGAGACAAGCAAGCACUAGCAUCUGAUUAAGAGAGGCAAGGUUUCGCAUUCCCGUACCUUUAGGGUGCUUACCAACCACGGAAUCGAGAGACACUGGAGGGACUGGAGGCGCUGGCCGAGUGAGUGGAGAACAUGUCCGCGCUGAUUUCAAAUGAGUCGGACUUGACUUGCUCUUCGACCUCAACUUUGACUUGACGAUCCCCGGAGUCUGCGUUUGUUUUGCCUCGCCUCAAAUCUUCUAUUGAGAAUUUUGAAACAAGUCUUCUGCGUCCUUUUUUUUUCUCUAAGAACCAAGAAGAAGAAGAAAACAAGAUAAACAGCCAUGUCACUCUCCAAAGUGAAGCACAUUGUGCUGGUUUUGUCGGGCAAAGGUGGUGUCGGAAAGUCCUCGGUGACGACGCAGCUUGCUCUGUCCCUUGCGCUGGCGGGACACUCGGUGGGCGUUCUCGAUGUCGAUCUGACGGGCCCCUCGAUCCCGCGCAUGCUGUCCAUCGAGGCGGAGAAAGUGAAGCAGGCGCCCGGGGGCUGGCUUCCUGUGCCGGUGCACGAGGCUGUCGAGGAAAAGGGUAUCGGUUCGUUCCAUGCCAUGAGUCUCGGGUUCCUGCUGCCCAGGCGAGGCGACGCCGUCGUGUGGCGUGGACCCAAGAAGACGGCCAUGGUCAGGCAGUUCCUCACGGACGUCCUAUGGGACGAGACGGACUACCUGCUCAUCGACACGCCCCCGGGCACCAGCGACGAGCACAUUUCUCUGGCCGAGACGCUCCUCCGCGACGCCCGCCCCGGCCAGGUAGCCGGCGCCGUCGUCGUCACGACACCCCAGGCGGUGGCGACGGCGGACGUCAAGAAAGAGCUCAACUUUUGCGUGAAGACCGGUAUCAAGGUCCUCGGCGUCGUCGAAAACAUGAGCGGCUUCGUCUGUCCGCACUGCUCUGAGUGCACCAACAUCUUCAGCUCCGGCGGCGGAGCCGUCAUGGCGCAGGAGUUUGGCGUGCCUUUCCUCGGCACCGUCCCCAUCGACCCCCAGUUUGGCGAGCUGGUCGAGUCCGGCAGGAGACCAGAGUACCCUCAGGGGACCCAGGUUCAUGGGCAUGACAUGAGCAAGACCGAGACGGGGAGCGACGGUCAGUCCAAGGGCGACACCCUUGUCGAGAAGUACCAGGACUGCUCGCUGUCUCGCAUCUUCAACGACAUCACGACGCAGUUGACGAGCACUGUCGAAAGCCAAGCCCAAUCAUGAGCUGGAGAUAACCUAGACGCGGGCGCUUCCGAUGCUUUCUCUUUCCCCUGCAGCCUGCCACUCCCACGAGCUUCGGAGGCACCGGCCGUCAUCCAAGGUAGUCUAACAAUUCCAUCAACGACACGAAGAUACGAAAUCGCGACAGCACAUGGCCUUAAGUUGCUUGCUGCACACGAGUUCGACUGUCCUGGGCGCGCACGAGUGGUGCUGAAGAGUGCUGGAGAGGAGCACCUGCGACGCGGUGGUCAACAAGCAUCGCGAUGUUGCUUCGCUUCAGGACGAUUCACUUGGCCUGGCUCCGCUAUUCUCUCAACGGCGACCGAUGUACGGCCCAGCAGUCGAUGCAGACGAACGCUGCCACGGCACGUGAGGGCGGCUCGAGAUUGACGGACUCACUGAAGUGCCCCGCGGCGGUACCUGAACUGCUUGUACCUACCUACCUACCUACUAGGUACAAUAGGUAUCUCGCCCCAAGCCGCAGCGCAAGCACAAUUCACCGCAUGUAUUUAUUGCGUGGACACAUAGAUAAGCUAGAAUGGAGAAUGAAUCCUGCAACAU